GCUAAAAAGCUUCUUAAAAUGCAAUAUUUUCCUAAUCCUUAUAAAUUUCUUAAGGAAAUAUGGAAAUUGGAGGAAUUUUUACAACAACUUUCAAAAACAACAAGUAGAACUGCAUAUCCAUAUGCAUCCGUUAGUACCAUACCACAAGAGGAUUAUAUGCAGUUGAUCUUUAAUUUAUCGCGUAACUACGAUGUAAGAAUUGAGGGCAAAACUGCAGUUAAAAUAAUGACAGAAAUUGGAAUUUGUUAUACCAUCAAUAAUAUUCUCAGUAAACAACUAUAUACAAAAUAUUGGCAGGAUUUAGAACCAUAUCCGAAAAUGUACAGUGAUCAUUUUACGCAAAACCCUUUUACUUUUCACAGCGCCUUUCCCUUGCGAACUAAUAUAAAUCAUAAUAUUACUGGUAAGAUAACAGUUUACGCCCAUAAUCCCUUUGAGGUGCCGACAAUUUGGACUCGACCAGCUUUAAUAAUUAAUAAUCAUAACAAACUGUAUAUUUUAAAAGCUGCUAUUAAACAAAUCACAUUUGAUGAAACUGCCUUUAAAAAAAAAUUUAACGAAUUCACAUUUUUUCAAAAAAAGUUAUCCGCUCCAUUCUCAUCCUCGAGAAAUCUCUGCGUAAUGCAAUGUCGCGCUCAUUACAUUAGGAAACUAUGUAAUUGUUUACCACACUUUUAUGCUCACACAUAUUGGAGAGAUUCAAAUGUUUGCAACAUACAAGGACUAAAUUGUUUUAAUCAAUAUAUUCAAAUUAUUCGUACCAUAAAUACCAAUACAAUUUCACCGACAUUUAGGUGUGAUCACUGUCAACCAAAUCAUAUUGAACAAAUUGUUGUGGUUAAGAGCUACAAUGAAAAAAUAAGUGAAAAUAGUACAACAAAUUUAAUUUUUCAAAUCGAACAUCCACCAGUUGAGUCGUACACUAGAAUUAUCAUGUACAACAAAUUCGAUUAUGUUGUUUCAUUAUCUGGUGCCUUGUCAUCAUUCUUUGGAUUUACAAUAUAUGGUUUAUGUGAUUUCAUAUAUUUUUUUACCAUACGAAUAUAUUGGUUUCAAAAAGGAUUUCGAGGAGCAAUCGAUGAACUAAUUGAAUUUUAAUUAAGUUUUUAUACAAAAUAUGCUGAAAAAUUUUAAUUUGCUGCA